AUGGGGCUUCCUAAAGCUGGUGCCUCUGCUCUGCUUUUGGUGCUGUCUGCUCUGGAGGCCAGUGCCCUGGACAGCUAUGUCGCAGCUGUCUAUGAGCACAACGUGGUCUUGUCAGAGGACACUGAAGUGCCGGUUUCUCCUGCGGAGGCCUUGAUGCUGAUGGAAAAAAAUAUGGCAAUUUUGGAAGUGGCCGUCAAAGAAGCAGCCAGACAGGGUGCCCAUAUCAUUGUGACUCCUGAAGAUGGCAUAUACGGCUGGGUCUUCACAAGGGAAACGAUAUACCCUUAUCUUGAGGAUAUCCCAGACCCACGGGUAGACUGGAUUCCAUGUGCUGAUCCUGGAAGGUUUGCUCCCUCACCCGUGCUGGAAAGACUGAGCUGUCUGGCAAGGAAUAACUCCAUCUAUGUGGUUGCGAAUAUGGGAGACAAGAAGCCGUGUAAUUCCAGUGAUCCAGGGUGCCCAAGUGAUGGUCGCUAUCAGUACAAUACCAACGUUGUCUUUGACUCAGAAGGGAAACUGGUGGCUCGUUAUCACAAGAUAUGCACGCUGCUCAAGUGCAAGAGCACAGACCUGAGCACGUGUGGGCAGCCGGUGGAGACGGCGCAGACCAAGUUUGAGAUGUUCUCCCUCAGCGGCACGUUUGGCACAAACUACGUCUUUCCAGAAGUCUUGUACAGUGGGGUGCAGCUGGCCCCCGGGGAGUUCGAGGUGCUAACUGAUGGACGUCUGAUAAGUCGGACUACUACAUCAAAGCCAGUUUUGAGUGUAACACUCUUUGGGAGGUGGUAUGAAAAGGACCCUCCACACACAGAGCAAACUUCACCAUGA